AUGGAGGUCGGCGUACCUAUUGUUGAUGACGGGAAGGCUCGCAGUGAUAUCUUGCUUUUUAACCGCCGGACCUACGAUGACGUUCAGGUUACUGAUCUUUCUGUACUGCUACUACAUCAAAGCACCCAAUCUACAUGCCUCACACAACUGGAAGGUCACACAACUGGAAGAUUAUGGAUUUGGAGUAGUCAAUUCAAAGGUGAAGAUAAUCCAUGUGAUUGGAGUAAUGGAUCCUUAGUUCCUUACAAAUGGUCUAAAUCAAAAUGGAGAUGCAUCAUGUGCAGAAAAGAAAAUAGUACUUGUUUGGUGGCACUGGGAAUAGAUGAUGGUGAAGUCUUCACCAUUAAUGCCACUCCUACAGAGUUAAAAUGGAAAUCUUCUGGACAUUAUCAUAGUAGAAUUGCUGCUCUUUCUUUUGCAAACAAAGGGCAUAAAGUUUAUGCUAUUCGUACAUAUGGAACAACAUGCAAAAUGAACUUUGAAGCUGAUGAUAAAAUAUUAGCUGCAUCAAAUACCAAGAUCAGAGUUCUCACCUUAGAUGAUGGAAAAGAACUACUUAAGUUUUCCACAGAUGUUGUAUGUUCCUACCUUUUGAGGGAUCUUGUGGAAAGUGGUCACGCGUUGCUAAAACAUGCUUAUCACAAUCUACAAGAAUACGAAAGGUAUGAAGGUGGAACUAGAAUCUGUGAUUCUGAUGGAAUUAGAAUAUGUGAUUCCAUUCCAAUGCCAAAUAAACGGAGUUUAAUUCUAUCUGAAGGUGGAGCCAGAAUCAGUGAUUCUGAUAGAAUCGGAAUCUGUGACUAUGUUGGAAUCAGAAUCUAUGAUUCCAUUCCACUGCCAAAUCAACGGAAUUUAAUUAUAUCUGAAGGUGGAACUAGAAUCAGCGAUUACGACAGAAUUGGAAUCGGUGAUUCUAACGAAACCAAAACCUUACAAAAUUCAAAUGAAAACCAAAAUUGCAAGAGAACCUUUUGA